AUGUGUGAAUGUGGAUACUGUAAGGACGCUGUCGACAGUGUAGAAAUUGUUACAUCCUGUCCAACUUCGAAGAGAGAGUGGGAUAUUGCUGCCCGUAAAAAGAACUGUGAAAGAAUAGCAUCCAGGCAAAAGUGUGAUUCUGUUGAAAAAUUUAAGUACCACUGUGUUAUCAACGGAUUCAGAAAUGAAAUGGUGGAAGUGUGUGCACCCUCAAGAAUAAUUUUCGGACAUUGCACAGAGUUUAAUGUUCAUGGUGGAGUAAUUCAAGAUCAGCUGUCGACUCCCUGCAACAAUACAUUUCCCAAAUGUGAAAUGAUCUAUAACUCAUUGGAUGCGUACAAAUUUCCUGAUUGCUAUAAUCUUGUAACAAACGGCGUGGUUUUAUCGACAAUGCCAAAUUCAUCAGCAACUGAUCAACCUGGCUUUGUGGAAACAGCGACCAUAAUAGCAGCUGUUAAUGCGAUCUCGUUCCUGAUUGUUAUAAUAAUAAUAAUAAUAGCAUUCAGAAAUAAAAAAAAGUUCCCAUGCUGCUCGUUUACAAGUCAACCUACAACAACAUCAGAAAAAACUGGGUCUAGUGUUCGUCUUCUACUUACUAGCAUAGAUGUCAAAUAAUACGGGACACAAAGUUUAAAGAAAAGAUGAAGUAGAGACGUACAAAAAGACAAGAAAAUGCAAAAUCUGAAUGUCGCUACGGAUAAACAGAAGUGAAUUGACCUUCUUGUUUUACAUGCAUCAACGUACAAUGUACAUGUGAGGGACUUAGAUUUUAGGACAUCUAUUAUAAAGAAGAUCGAUCAAGUGUGUUUGAAAUAGAUAUUUAUUCAUAGCAUCUUACUUUAUUUAUUAGCAUAUAAAUGUCUGGAAACUGUUUUUGGUGAAAUCAAAAUGUGAAGAAAAAAAGAUGCAAGAAUUAAUUACCUGCCUUCUCUCUCUUUUUUAAAAAUAUCAUUUAUCAUCAUUAUAUUUAGGACAUUGUUAUGAUUUGUAUCUUCUCAUAAUUUUUUAUUGUUCAUGUGUAUGUUAACUUCAGCAAAAUCUUUAAUUAAAGUUUACAGGUAUAGGUAACUAUGAAACACUAAGCUAGCUUUGAAAUAUUAUUGUUAUUAUUAAAUUAUCUCGAUCAAAUAAAUGUGGAAAAUAAGAAAUUUGAUAUUUGAAAACAAAUCUUUUAUAUGAAUGUUUUUUGUGAAAUUUCUAUCUUCUACCACGAUUUUGAUAAUUUUCAUACGAUGAUGUAAAAAAAAUUGGCGGGGCCUAAUUGGAGUCAAUACAUGUAAUUUGGCUCGUUUUUAUUGUAAUAAUUAAAAAAAUAUAUCAAUGGUUUUUCGGACCAAUUAGAGUAAAUCUUGUUCUGCUAUGAAUGAAAAAAAAUGAGUGGAUGGUCUUUAGUACAAUAGUGGAUAUAUACAACUGAUGAAAUUGCUUGACAGUUCUCAUUUACAUAUCACAUGACAUUAUUUAUAGCCAAAUUUCUCACCAGUCAGAUGAAAACUAUGCAAUGUAUUAGAAAUUAUAACCGUUGAAUACAACUUAACAAAUUCGCAUGAAUUAA